AUGUUCUCUACACCACCGAGGUCCCCGGGCCUCCUCGGGACGACACUCCUCACCCUCGCCGCCCUCACGCCCUCAACCUCCGCAUCCACAUCCGCAAAAUGCGACCCUUCGACCUUCACAUUCCCCUCCCUCCCAGGCCUUCAACACAUCAAAACAACAGCCGUCCAAGUCCAAAACUACACUUCCUUCCCAAACCGCUUCUCCGAGGCAUCCCUCGCGACAACAUCCGCCUCCACAACCGGCAUCCCUCCCUUCUGCAACGUCACCGUCUCGUACACGCACCCAGGCCACGACGACAUCUGGAUACGGCUGUUCAUUGAGAAGGAUCCUGCGUUUGACCCGGCGUCGAUGUCGAGGGAGACUUUCCGCGACGUCUUCCGGCGGGGAGUUGAGGAGUUUGACUCCGUCAUCGGGACGCCUAUUCCGGAUAUGAGAAGAUUCAGGGAGCGUGGGGGAAAGGUGCUUAUGUGGCAUGGCAUGGCGGACCAGGCUAUCUCUAUCAAGAUCGGACGGGGACUGUAUGAGAAGGCUAAGGGGAUCGAGGCGAAUCGCGGGGUUGAGAUUGAGAAGUUUUGGAGGUAUUUCGAGGUUCCUGGGGUGAACCACUGUGUUUCGAUGUAUGGAGCGCCGUUUCCCUGGAGUGCGUUGGAGAAGUUGAGAGCGUGGGUUGAGGACGGGGUUGCGCCGGAGCAGUUGGAUGCUAGGGGGUUCAAGAUUGGGAAGGAUGGGAAGGUGGUUGUUGAUGAGGAGGUUAGAAGGAUUUGUCUUUAUCCCGAGGAAGGGGUUUGGGAUGGGAAGAAGUGGGUUUGUGUAAAGCCCGGAGAGAAGAUUGAGGUGAUGGAGGAGAAGGAGGAGCUUUGA